AUGGCCCGCACGCUCCUCCUCGCAGGCCCGUCUAUCGCGGCGCACCCCGAAGUGCUCGAUAAGGUCUACGAAAUCCACGAUCGCUCCUCUGCCGACCUGCAGAUGCUAGAUCGCAUCGCAGCGGGCUUGGUCCAGCUGCCGUCCUCCACAUACGAUGUCGUGCUGCUCCUCACAGACGCCGAUGGCACCACGCGCGAGAGUCACAAGCUAUUGGGCCGAGAUGUUAUGGACAAGGUCGCCGGCGCACUCAAGGCAGGCGGCCUACUCAAGAGUCAGGAUGGCGUAUUCGGCGCGGCGGGUGGUGCAGAGAAGACGGAGGCUAUCCUCGCCGGUCUGAUCGAUGGCGCCGACGGCAUGAUGAAGCCGGAGCAGGUCGAGAGCGUGUCCAUACCUCUCAAGCUGAGAAGGAAAACAAAUGGCGCGAACGGAGCGAAUGGCACAAUCCCUGUUAACGUCAACGGAAAGCGCGAGCAAGCACCACCUGUACAGCCCGCUGGGGUUGGCUUUGUCGACUUCAGCGACGACCUGGAUGCCGAGAUUAUCACGGGUGAGGAUGAUGAUUUGAUUGACGAGGACGACCUAAUCACAGAGGAAGACAUGGCUCGUCCAGUCGUCCAGCCGCCCGAGUGCCGACCCAAGGCCGGAAAGCGACGCCGCGCUUGCAAAGACUGCACCUGCGGCAUGAAGGAGAAGCUCGAAGCCGAAGACGCUGCGAAGCGCGCCACCGCCGAUAAAGCCCUCAACACCAUGAAGCUUGGAGCUGACGACCUUACUGAGGUCGACUUCACUGUCCAAGGCAAGGUCGGCAGCUGUGGAAACUGCGCACUCGGUGACGCAUUCAGAUGCGACGGUUGCCCAUACAUCGGCUUGCCGGCAUUCAAGCCAGGUGAGGAGGUGCGACUGCUCAACAAUGAUAUCCAGUUGUGA